AUGUUGCGCACACCUCCAAAAUGUAAACGUACAUUUUUAUUUAUUUUAGAUCAUCCUUCUUCAAAAAUGGCCGAAGAAGAAAUUGCUAGAAUUAAUCGAAAAUUAGAAAAAAUGAUUUCUAAUAAUGGAAUUGACGAAUCAAUAGCACGCGACUUACUAGUUCGUUUACAAGAAUCUCGAAUCACAUUGUUAAUAUUGCAAAAAACAGGGAUUGGAAAAACGAUCAACAACUUGAGAAAAGCUUUAACACCACCCAACGAAGAUUUAGCGACAUUAGCCAAAGGAUUACUUAAAAACUGGAAAAAGCUUGUACCAGAAGUAUCUAAAGAAGAUAAAAUCACAAAUAAUAACCAUAAUUCACUACCACCAACAUCGACACAGAAUGAAAAAAACGAAACGACAACAUCAAAACCAAAUGGAAUAGAACGAUCGUUAUCAGCAGCAAGUUCGACGUCAAUACCAUCUAGUCUAGCUUCAAAUACUCAUGAUGAAGUCAGGCUAAAAUCACGUGAUUUACUUGCCGCAGCUUUAUCUGUUUCUGAAAUUCCAGAAGGAUCGGCUGAUCCUGUGGAAUUAGCUGCUCGAGUGGAAGAUGCUAUUUAUAAAGAAAUUCAGGAUACUGGUGUUAAAUACAAAAAUCGUAUUCGAAGCCGUUUAGCAAAUUUAAAAGAUUUAAAAAAUCCUGGUUUAAGAAAUAAUGUACUACUUGGCUAUAUAACAUCCGAACGGCUUGCCAGUUUAACUGCCGAUGAAAUGGCCAGUGAGGAUUUAAAACGAGAACGUGAAAAAUUAACAAAAGAUGCUAUUAAUGAACAUCAGUUAGCUGUUGCAACGGGAAUAGGUACAGAUUUAAUCCAAUGUGGAAGAUGUAAACAGAAGAAUUGUACAUAUACAGAAGCUCAAACAAGAAGUGCUGAUGAGCCAAUGACGUUAUUUGUGUUAUGCAAUCAUUGUGGUCUCAGAUGGAAGAUGGCUACAUCAAAAGAGACAAGAACAGCUCAAACUUUAUUGUCAGAAGCUGAUAAAAAAUCAAAAGCAAGUGGUGGUUUUUUAAAUAAAAUAUUUAGUAAUAGUUCAAAUGUCGCUGAAGAUGCACGUACAUUGUAUGUGAAAGCUGGUAAUCAGGCAAAAAGUGAAGGCAAUUAUCCAUUAGCUGUUGAAGCAUAUACAAAAGCAUUACCUGGUGGUGAACAAUUUGAACAAGCAGCGUGUUAUGAAAAUAUUGCUGCAUCUUACAUGAUGUGUGAUCCAUCAAAGGCAGUUGAACCAUUUGAAAAAGCAGCUGAGUUACAUUGUACGUUAAAUCGUUUUCCAACUGCAGCAGGUUGUUUAGAAAAAGCGGCAGAUGUUCAUGAACAAUGUGAGAAUUAUGAUAAAGCCUAUGAAGCUUUAACAACGGCACAGCGAUUUUAUGUACAAGAACGACAAAAGGCAUCAGCUGGCAGAGUUAAAACACGAAUGGCUAAUAUUCGAAUCCAACAACGGAAAUAUAUGGAUGCAAAAUUAUUAUUUGAAGAAAUGGCUGAAUUAGUUAAGGAUGAUCCAAUGUUACGUUAUGGAGCAAAAGAUCAUUAUUUUCGCGCUGUCUUGUGCUCAUUAUGUAUUGAUGUUGAUAAUGGUCAAAUUGUGUUUGAUAAAUAUACGGAAGAAAAUCCAUCGUUUGAUAACCAUCAACCAGAAGUAAAAUUAUUACGAAACAUUAUCCAAUGUCUUCACGAUGGAAAUAAAGAACAGUAUCUUCAAUAUAUUAAAGAUAGUCCGUUGGCUUCAAUUAAAAAUGAUAAAAAUGUCAAAGUAUUACUCGAAGAUAUUAAGAAAAAAUUAGAUGGAGAUAUUGAUUUGAAAUAA